GUACCUGUCUGAACAAGGGCGGACGCCGCGGCUGGCGGCCGGCGGGCGGGCGGGCAAGGAAAAAACGUUGCUUUUGUGGCUGUGCGUGUGUUGAAGCGUUCCGUCUCUUCUGUCCCGAUCCCGUUGGAUUCUUCUUUGACUGGGUGGACACUUGUAGCAUGGAUGCCAUCAUGCUACAGGAGAAACUCGUGGAACGACUCCUGUGCCCGCGUGUGAGAACGGCUAGACAGAAGGAGAAGCAGUAUGUGGGCUUUGCCACCCUUCCCAACCAAGUCCACCGGAAGUCGGUGAAGAAAGGCUUUGAUUUCACUCUUAUGGUGGCAGGUGAAUCUGGAAUGGGCAAGUCCACUCUGGUCAACAGCUUGUUCCUCACCGACCUCUACAAGGACAGGAAGCUGCUGAACGCCGAGGAACGCAUCAAUCAGACAGUGGAGAUCAUCAAACACACCGUGGACAUCGAGGAGAAAGGAGUCAAGCUGAAGCUCACCAUCGUCGACACGCCGGGCUUCGGAGACGCCGUCAACAACAACGAAUGCUGGAAGGCCAUCACAGACUACAUCGAGCAGCAGUUUGAGCAGUACUUCCGAGACGAGAGCGGGCUCAAUAGGAAGAACAUCCAGGACAACAGGGUCCACUGCUGCCUCUACUUCAUCCCUCCCUUUGGUCAUGGGUUGCGCCCGGUGGACGUGGAGUUCAUGAAAGCUCUGCACGAAAAGGUCAACAUCAUCCCGCUCAUCGCCAAAGCCGACUGCCUCACCCCCAGCGAGAUCAAGAAGUUGAAGGACCGAAUACGAGAAGAAAUUGACAAGUUUGCCAUCAAAGUCUACCAGUUCCCCGAAUGUGACUCGGAUGAGGACGAGGAGUUCAAGCAAUUGGAUAAAGAGCUGAAGGAGUGCACGCCAUUCGCCGUGAUUGGCAGUAACACGGUGGUGGAAGCUCGAGGCCAGCGAGUGCGAGGGCGACUGUACCCCUGGGGAAUCGUGGAAGUGGAAAACCAAUCGCACUGCGACUUUGUGAAGCUGAGGAACAUGCUGAUCCGCUCGCACAUGCACGACCUGAAAGACGUCACCUGCGAUGUCCACUAUGAGAACUACAGAGCGCAGUGCAUACAGGAGAUGACCAGUAAACUGACACAAGAUAACCAUAUGGAGAGUCCCAUCCCCAUCCUGCCGCUGGCCACCCCCGAUGCGGACACAGAAAAGCUGAUUAAAAUGAAAGAUGAGGAGCUGAAGAGGAUGCAAGAGAUGCUGACAAAAAUGCAACAGCAGAUGCACGACAAAGACUAGCAACACCAAUAAGGCCGCAUUUGCUUUUGUGCUUGAGUGGCGGCGGCAGUACAUUGCCGUUGGUUCAGUGUGGUGGUGCUUUUGUAAAGUUGCUUCUUGAGUCCAAGUCACCCAAACUAUGAGUCCCUCCCCCAAGUGUGAUUCAACAAUAGAAAAGCCUUCUUGAAAUCAGUGCACCUAAUUUAUAAACACAGUGCUUUGGGGCUAUUUUGUCAGGGCAUGACAAUGUGUGGCAUUUCCAUUGGAAUGCUCUUUUUUAUUCCGUGUGUGUGUGAAUCCUCUCCUAUUGGUCUUUGCGCAGUUGCUUCCCGUUGAUCUCAAUUCAUCUGACGAGCGAGGAAUGCAUUAUUUAUAGUGGUUGAGGAUCCAGAGUAGAUCCUUUUGAUUUGUUGUCAUUGGUCGGCUGCACUUCUUGUUGACGUCAAAUGUUAAGUGUGAACGCGCACCUACUGCUAGUCAUGAUGAUCUGACAGGGUUCUCGCCGCGUAAGCAUACUGCAGCUACUCGUAGAAUCUGCUUGACACUCUCCGCUGCUUCACAGCUGACACUUGUGUCCAAACCUGUUGGGACAUUUUUUCUUGCUUUUGUGGAGGAGCAAAUACUGCAAAGUUGACACCUGUUGUUGGUUUUUUUGGGAAAGUCUGAAUUGUGCCAAUGAAGAUGAGCAGUGUGUGUGUGUGAGAAUGAACCCCAGUAGAAGGAAAAGUGUAUCUUCCUUCUG